CAUAUAAAGAAAAUUCUAGAAAAAAUGUUCUCACGCAACAUUAUCGAUGUAAUCAUUAUAACGCCGCACAACGAAGCGAAAGGCUACUCAGUGUACUCUUUCGAAGUGUUCAGUAAAGAGCAGUGCCGCGUUGUAAAGCCGACCAUUGUAAAUCGUUUCAUAAAUGGACGUUUCAAUAAAGCCGAACUCUUUCCAAAUAAAUUGACGAACCUUCAUAACUGCAGCCUACGUGUCUUAUCGCGUAAUGUGCCGCCAUUUUUCACAUACCAAAAUGAUACUAAUAGCGGUACGCUAAUAAUGAAAGGUGUCGAAGCGAAACUCUUGAACGCCCUUGCCGAGCAUUUGAAUUUUCGCAUAGAACCGAUUAUAAGUCCUGCCUAUGAUUGUGGUGAUGUUUAUCCCAACGGUACAAUGACGGGUCCCUACUAUCUAUUGGAUCAAAAUCAUGUUGACGUGCUUAUGGGUUACUUCUUUUAUGCUGCACAUCGCAUAAACUUCUUGGAGGAGGGUCUAUCGUAUUUCAGCACCGCUUUGGUUGUUAUUGUUAAGCGACAUCCGCCACCACCCGACCACAUGUGGAUGCUGGAUCCCUUCCAGUUGAAUACUUGGCUAGCGCUGCUGCUGAUGAUUGCCACCGUCAUUUUAUUUCUGUGUGUCUUACACUUGCGUUAUCAGUACGGCAAUUGGUUGGACAUCAUUGGCAGCAUUUUCGGCGAACCUCGUGCAGUUUUAACCAGAAAUUACUUGGUACGCUUCGGCAUUACUUUCUGGUACGUCGGUUUUGUAUUUAUCAGUAGCGCAUAUCAAGCAAAAUUGUUCGUUUCGUACAAUCGCCCAUCACCAGGCUUGCCACACACCAUAAACGACUUACAGCGCAAUAAUUAUACAUUUCUGGUGCACGACACUAUGAAUCUGACAUAUUGGCUGCCUGACAUGCGGAUACCCAAAAACCGCAUAAAAUGGCUUAAUUCUUCAGAUGUGAGUUCGAUCUUUGAGGAGCUUAUGAACUCGACUGGCAAUGUGGCAACACUGGCGACUAUUGCGCGUAUGCAUUACUUUGAACGCAAGCGCCAGAUAAUUGGCGUUUUCGAUCAGGUUCCCGAAACGGUGCAACUACCGGAGAUUUGUGCCUACUUUCAGCAUCAUUCGUAUCUCGUAAAGCCCUUCAACAACGUCAUUGCGAUGGUACGCAGUAGUGGCUUAAUCUCGCGUUGGUAUGGCAAUGCUUUAACGGAUUCCAAUGGACCGUUGAAAAUACAGCGUGGCGGUAAACCUAAAAGUUUAGAUUUGGAAAAAUUCGGUAUUGUUUUCUAUUUACUUUUCGUCGGUGAAUUUAUUGCUUUUAUUGUAUUUAUCUUGGAAAUAAUAAUUGCACGUUAUAAGAAAUAAAUUUGUCUAUUAUAAAUAUGUAUUUCAUAUAUUAUUGAUGUAUUGAACAAAUAAAUAUAUAAAUGUUAUCGCUUGUCUAUAUACUUUUUCAUUUUCUUUAUUUAGGGGUGGUAUGGGCUUAGGGGUUUCAAAAAGUCUCUAGAAUAUUUUCCUAAAGUUUUAAAUUGAUCCGAAUAAUACAUAGUUUCGGAGAUACAGCUUUGAGAACUUGUGCAUUCGAGCAUAGCUAGGCUAAGUGCGCCGUCUUUAAACGCGUUUUUCUCGAAACUGUGUUUUUGAAGUCGUUUGGCAGAUUUCUCGAGAGAUACACAACCGA